AUGCAUAUUGUCAAUCCCAUCACAUCUGAACAGAUCGCUCUCCCCUCGGUGAUCACCAUCGCGCAAGUGACACCAGUUUUCGAUGAAACAGGUGCCUUAUGUAAGUACAUUUACUCUCGGGACACGGCGGAGCACCGUAGUACCACUGAUCCUCAAGCCGUUGAUCUUGGCGAGCUGCCACAAUACCUCCAGAAAAAGGCAUUUGUAUUUUAUGAUGCAUCCACAGGAGGCUACAUCGUGGUGCUUAUUCAUGAUCCAGAUGGCCAACUCUCAUUUGCUUGGUUAGGGGAUGACAAGUGGACCUGGCUGAAACCACGUUGUUUUUUUCAAGACUGCGUGUACAAAGAUGGUAUGUUAUAUGCAGUGGCAUCGCUAGGAGAAAUUUACGCCUUCGAUCUCAAAGGCCCUGUGGUCGCAACGAAGUUAAUUGCAGCCUGGGCAGAUAUCUUCAGUUGUCCAACAUUUUACAUUGUUCAUGCUCCAUGUGGGGAUCUGAUGCAAGUUUUUAGAUCCCAACAUGUGGUUGACUGUGAUCCAUGUGCUGACACUGCAACGCAUGUCCACUAUACCUCUAAGAUCAAAAUAUUUGAAGUUGUGACUAUGCCUGAAAAGGAUGUGGGAAUAAAUAGCUUGAAGGAUCAUGUGUUGUUGGUUGGCCAGAACCAAUCACUUUGUCUCUCUGCUGAAGAAUAUCCACAGUUGAAGGCAAACAAUGUGUAUGUUACCGAUGACCACAAGUAUCUAACUUUUUACAAGAAUAACCGGCGUGACAUUGCAGUUUUUGACCUGGCAAAUAACAGUAGUGAGGAACUUGUCUCCCCUCCACUUUGGUCCAACUGGCCUACUCCCAUAUGGAUAACACCUAGUCUUACAAAACCGUAUCCAACAUUGGAUAAUCUAUGA